CGCCGAUGUUUUCCACUUAUCCUGUGAUUUUUUAAAAAUAUUUCCCUUGGUAACCAUUUUCCCUCGUUACUUUCUUGGCUGUUUUUCUACAAAAAGAACCGAACAGCAUUUGUCCCUAAGGGAAUCAGUUAUUUCAGAUUUUACUAAGAAGUCAACUAAGAUUUUUUUCAACAUUUCCUUCUGUUCUUUCUUUGUUUUUAAAGAAAGCUCUGAUUUUGUUUCAUUUUCAGCUGGAGACUUAAAUGACACCAAGCAAAGUCUACUUAGUUUAGAUUUCCAGAAAUUGGUUGGUGGAAAAUAAGAUAUGAAGUUUGCAUUUUUGUUUUGUUUUUUUCUGCUUAUUUUUCAAACUGACUUUGGACAAAAUGAAGAAAUUCCUAGGAAACAAAAGAAGAUGUAUCACAGAAGAUUGAGGAAAAAUUCCUCACUCAACCAUAGGUCAAAGAGACAGCAUGGAAUUCAGCAAACAGCGACUGCUACACCAAUGGCAAGAUUUCCCAUUGUUAACUUUGAUUACAGUACAGAGGAAGAGUUUGAAUCCUUUUUAAGUCUUCCUGAAGUAGAAGCAGGCUACAAUGUAUUACCAGGAAAGAAGGGACACUGCUUGGUGAAGGGCAUGACCAUGUACAACAAAGCGGUAUGGUCUCCUGACCCCUGUACCACCUGCCUCUGCUCAGAUGGAAGAGUGCUUUGUGAUGAAACCAUGUGUCAAACCCAGACGUGUCCCUACAUGGUUACACCUGAAGGAGAAUGCUGCCCAGUCUGCACUGAUACUGUCAAUGAUAACAUGUUAAAUGGUAGAACUGAAUUUUCUGGUGAUUCUUCAGAACAAAGAGAACCUACCAAUGUACUGCCUAAGCAACUGCCACCUCCUCAGGUGGAAAUGGACCAAGUAUUUAGAAAAGAGGCACUUCAAUCUGAGGAAGAAGAAGAAUCUAAAGAAGAUCGAAAGCACAAGAAAGAGACUGCUAGACAUAGAAACCAGGGCAAACCUCACCGUGAGAGGGGGAACAGGAGAGAGAGAAAGCAAAGGCCUGGCAAGAUCAGGAGACCAGCAUAUCAACAGCAACGCUGUGGAAGGGGCAAGGAGGAGGAUGACGAGGAAGAGGAAGAAGAGGCUGUAAGAGGAGAUGUGUUCCAAAUGCCCUGCCAGCUCCCCAUCCCUGCUCUCCCGAGAGGCAGGCCUCGCCUGCCCAGUGGCUGCUCCUUGUCCUACAGGACCAUCAGCUGCAUCCAUGCUGCCCUCACCCAGGUCCCACCACUGAUGGCCCCAGAGAUAACAAGUCUGGAGCUCAUGGGGAAUUCUAUCACCUCCAUCCCGGCUGAAGCAUUUAACGGAUUACCAAAUCUGGAAAGGCUUGAUCUGAGCAAAAAUAAUAUCUCUUCUUCUGCCAUAGGUCCAAAAGCCUUCAAGCUUCUGAAGAAGUUGGUGCGUCUAAAUAUAGAUGAAAAUAAUUUGGUACACAUUCCUUCAGAAUUACCACCCACCUUAGAAGAACUCAACAUUAAUGAGAAUAAUCUUCAGGCUAUUGAUGAACAAACUUUUUCAGGUUUAAAUCAGUUGGUCUCCUUAGAACUGGAAGGAAACAAUCUCAGUGAAACCAAUGUCAAUCCUUUAGCUUUCAAACCUUUGAAGAGUUUAUCCUACCUGCGCCUGGGAAAAAAUAAAUUUAGAAUUAUUCCACAAGGUCUUCCUGCUUCUAUUGAGGAAUUACACCUAGAAAAUAACCAAAUUGAAGAAAUAACUGAAAUUUGUUUCAAUCAUACCAGAAAGAUCAAUGUGAUUGUACUACGUUAUAAUAAAAUAGAAGAAAACAGAAUUGCUCCUUUAGCCUGGAUAAAUCAGGAAAACCUAGAAUCGAUUGAUCUUUCUUACAACAAGCUCUACCGCGUCCCUUCCUACCUACCCAAGUCUCUGCUGCACCUAGUGCUCAUGGGGAACCAGAUUGAACUGAUCCCAGGCUAUGUGUUUGGCCACAUGGAGCCAGGCCUGGAAUACCUGUACCUGUCAUUUAACAAACUCACUGAUGACGGCGUGGACCAAGUUUCAUUCUAUGGGGCAUAUCAUUCUCUGAGAGAGUUAUUUCUAGAUCACAAUGGCUUAAAAUGUAUACCACCUGGGAUACAAGAAAUGAAAGCACUACAUUUUCUGAGGCUGAACAACAAUAAGAUUCGGAAUAUUCUUCCAGAACAAAUUUGUAAUGCUGAAGAGGAUGAUGACUCAACUUUGGAACAUCUUCAUCUUGAAAAUAAUUAUAUUAAAGCAAGAGAAAUAUCACCCUAUGCAUUUUCAUGCAUAAGAUCAUACUCGAGUAUUGUUCUUAAACCACAAAACAUCAAGUAAAUCCAAGUUUUGUUCUGCCAUUUACAAGAUUUACUCAUGUAGUUAUAGUAGUAGAAUCUGUCAUUAAUGAGAAACAUAAUCCUGUUAUACUCAGUAUCAUUACACUAGUCCAUCUGAUUUGCCAUCCCACAGAUGAGCAAGCAAAGGGAUAAAUAAAAUGUAUAGUCUUCUAGGAGUUUCAGUGAAAGAAAAAACACUCAGUUUCCCAUCUCUAGAAAGAAGUUACCUCACUAAGAUAGAAUGUCAGCAUGCUGAGCUAAACCAAAUAAAUACAUCCUUUACAAUUUGUUUGAUCAUUAGCUAAGAACUCUCCAAUUACCAUCAAAAAUAAUGUGUUUUGUAGUUCAAGACAAGAAGCAUACAGAUGGAAAAAAAUAGGAAGAAUUUAUGAAUAACUGUUUAUUAUUAUGUUAAAAUAGUGAUUUAUUAAUUACUGGUAUAAACAUACCUCAGUAUUGGGUUAGGCUUGGUUCCUUCUAUUCAUUACAUCUGUGAAAUCAAAACACCACCGCAGUGCUAACUCCCAUUUGGAUCUUUGUACUGUAGGUACACUGGUAACAUUAAGGGAAGCUAGCAGAAAGGUUUACAUAAAUUCCAAACUAUUUUUGAAACUUCUGUAAGUACAAAAUUAUUCUUAUCCUCACUAUUCUUCACUCAAAAAUCAAAAUAUUACGGAAAGCAGUAGCAUUUGCUAAAAAUACAAAUUAACUAUUCUUGACUAUAUCCUCAGUUAAAUAUAAAUCUAAUACGCACACUUUUAAAAAAUUUUGUUACUUUGGUCAUAGCAUUUAUCUCCUUUGCCCUAAUUUGCUGAAAUGUAUCCUUUUACUCUGUUCAACUGAACAUAAAGCUGUAGUGUUUACUAUGUACUAGGCCCUACCAAAACUAUACAUUAAAGUUUUCAUUAUAUAAUGUCCUUUAUCUUUGUAUUGUCACAAAAAUUUAUAAGACAUAUACAUAAACUAUGUUGACUUCU